AUGUCUGAUAUUCUCUCGGUGGACUUUACUCGUUUGUCUUCUUCCCUAUCGGAAGAAGAAAUAACUUUGUUGCAACAAUAUCAGAAAUUGGCUUUAAAUCUCACUAUGGUAAAGGCCAAGCUAGGUCAAAUAAAUGAACAGAUUUCUUCUGUAUCUGAAGAAAACGUUCAAAGUAUAAGUAAACUUAUUAUAGAACUACAAGCUACAAUGGGGACUUUAGGUACAUCUUACAAAUCAACUGUUCAUAAUGUCUUACUAUCGGGAGACUCCAACCAGCUAGUCAACCGUGGUGUUGACACUAGGAAAUAUGAUGAUAGUAAUCAAAUACAAGAAACUGAAAACUUUGAGACCGCUGAGAUGCAGUUGCAACAGGAAGGCAAUAGAGAAGGUGGCAGCAGAGACCAUAUUAAUACUAAUAAUGGACAUAAUAAUGAGCAAAAUCUCAAUGAUGUUGACGUCGAUGUAGACGUCGAUGUAGACGUCGACGUCGAUUUGGAUUCAGGUAUAGAUGAAGAGACCAUGAAUGCUGUUGACAGAAUACAACAUGAGCUUGGUAUAUCAGCAGAUGAUGUUGAUAUUCAUCGCCAAAUUGCUGAUCAGUUGGAGAUCCAAAAUUCCGAGGACUAUUGA